UGGGCUGAGGGCUGGGACAGCCGGCGUGAGGGACCAGCUGAAGCUACAGUAACACCAGCGCCGAUAGCCCCAAGAAUCCGCCGACGCCGUCUUUUUUUUUUUUUUUUGUAAGUCAGCAUCUAGCGAGGGGAUGGCGUGGUCGCGACGCGUUUGUUGUGUUUGUGUGUUUAAACAAACUCACCCCGCCAUGGCGACAGUCGAUGACGAACUCGACGAAUACGGGUGUAUUAGCGAAUGAGGGCAUCGUCUAUGUCAAGAGCAUCGCAGUCAGCACAAUUCAUAGCGGCUCCGCUACCGAGAUUGGACUCCCCAUCGACCCCAGAGCGAUGGAGUGGCAGGGCCCAGCUGGACAGGGGUGGAGAUGGGAGGCCCAAAGCCGGCGAGGCAAUGACAGAGGCGUCCAGCCUCAGGCCUGUCCAGACUUUCAGACAAUACUCUGGGGACGGUGAUCUGUCUCACUCAGCCAUUUAUCGUGGCCAGCCGGGUCUGUCUCAUCGGAGGGGAAUGUGGCCGCGCUUUGAUCCAGGACAGGCAUUUCGUGGGGUUUGUUGUGUCUAUCAAUCACGAGAUGGCCCAACCAGGAGGCGGAAAGCUGUCCCCGCGUCCAACACGCCCAGGGCUUUGAACUUUGAUGUCAUGGACCGCCGGCCUGCAAGUCCCGGCCGUCGGAUGCAUGGCAGCCAUGUCAGCCAGCAUUUCAGUCUCCCCUGACCCAGGGACCGGCUUCGGACAUGCGAGUGGGCGCUUUAGACGGUCCAGUGCCCGGCGCCCAGCGCCCUGGGUCUACCUACGGGACAGAGCGCAUGGGUCGUGGAAAAUGAGGCC